CCGGGGUGCUGCACAUUCCCAACGGGAAUAGGGGAAUGCUGCACCUCAGUGUGUGCCUCCUGCACUCCUUCACCCCAGGUGGGGCUGGGAUACUCUGUGUUCCCAGUGGGAAUGGGGGGACACUGUGCUUUGUCAUCUGUGCCAGGAUGGGACCAGGCUGCUCCAUGUUCCAUCUGGAACAGCGAGGACACAGCACCGAGCCUCCUGUGCUUUGUCACCUGCGCCCGGCCAGGGCUGGGAUGCUCCACAUUCCCACCAGGACUGUGUGUCCGGGCUCGUGUGCGCGGUCUGUUUGCAAUCAGCUCCGGAGCCGCGUGCGGCCGGGCCCGGUGCCAGCCCCAGGCUGGAAAAGGGGGAGCGGGAGCGGCGGGAGCCAGAGCCGGGGAGCGCAGCCCGGAGAGCGGCUGCGGCUGCAGGAGCGGGGAGGUGGCAGCUGCCCAGCCUGGCCCUGGGGGACAGCACACCUUGGGGACACGGGGACACGGCCCUGCCAUGGCCCGGCUGCUUCCCGUCCUGCUCCUCGUGGCUCUGAGCUGCGCAGCCAGGCCGGGCCGGCGGCCGGCGGCGUGGGACGAUGGAGCAGAUGCCCAGAGAGCCUCGGCGAGGGGCUGCGCCAACCUGACGCUGGUCCUGGACAAUUGGAAAUUCGCCAUCACGUCCCAGCUGCGCAACCUGCUGAUGUCGGACCACCACACCGUGCUGCCCGACUACGGCCGGAUCCCGGCGCUGUCGGGAGCCCUGGACGAGCUGUACCGGGAUUUCCGCGGCCUGAAGGAGCAGCUGGGCCGGCUCUCGGAUCGCUUCGCCCACCUCGAAGCUUCCGUGGAGCAGCUGAGCCGGGCCCGGGGCGCUGCAGGCCCGCCGCGCCGGGGGGCGAUGCCCCAGAGCCCCCGCAGGGCCCCCGGGACCCCGCAGUGA